AUGGACGACAACAGGGGCCAAAGGAGGCAGAAUGAACCGCCCACCUACCCACCUCCCAGUUCGCGGCCUCACCACCCGUUGCAUGAGCAAUCGCAGCAACGGCGGCCGUUCCCGGGAACCCAAGGAGAGAGGUUUAGGGCGCCGGCGCCCCUCGGCACAACACCAUCCGGGACUAGGGGAAUGGGUGGCGGGACUGGCUACAGCGGGUACUAUCAGGAUACAUCGCCAACGGGUUACCCAGCGACGGCGAUGGCGCAAGGUGCGAUGGGCUACCACCAAUCCACAGCCGAUUACGGGCAGCCGGACUCGCGGCAGGCGGCCCAAAGCUAUGGCGGCUCGUACACACCGGCCAUGAUGUACAACGUUCAGCAGACGGGCGGGCCACAGAGCGCUGCCGUGUACGAUACGAGCCAGCAGUAUCCAUCGCGGCAGGCUGCAGGACUGCCGAUGUUGGCGACGGAUGUCACGACCCCUUACUUUCCAAGCGAGCCAACCAAUGCGGCGGCGGCCGGACCCGGCCUGCAGGCCCAGACAGCAUCUCCCAGCACGCCACAGGUAUAUCAGCAGCCCGGCUUGCAUGGCUAUUCCGCCGGGAGCAUGGCUGCCAUUGGAGGGAUGGCUUCGCAAACAACGCCCGCCGCCGACGUGAGGAUGGAUGCAGAGUACCCCGCUCCGGGUCUCGAGGAAGGGUUCAACAACUACAUGGCGGCGUUGAGGGAGUGUUUUCGAAACAUCCGGGGUGGCGUGCUAGCGACGGCCGGCGAGUCCCUCCUGAGACUCUCGGAUUGGCUCUUGUCGCAUGUUGUGGAGCUAGGCUUCACUUCUGAUAACCAGCAACUACACGACGAGCGAAUCAAGAUGUGGAAUGACUUCAACCAUGCCUGGCUCGCCCUGCUUCAGAAACAGAAAGAGAUGAUGGAGGCGGGACAGCCCUUGCAGCGCCCUCAGAGCCUGGUCCCUCAAGAAGGCUUGCAAAAGAUGGGCGACGAGUUGGUCAGGAUGUGCGACAGCAUCGAGCGGCACGGGCUUGUGGAUUACCAGUAUGGCGUGUGGGAAGAACAGAUCGUGGAGAUUUUGGGCGAGUGUUUGGACCUUUACAGCCCUUCCAGCGCGUCCGGUGGCGGCGGCGAGGGGAGUUCUAGCAACAAUCGCCGCUGA